UCCCAUCAUGCCCAGCAGGGCACUGGCACAGAUGCCGCCCAUCGUGGAGAAGGGCAGGGCCCGGCAGCAGGGCCUCAGAAUGGCCCAGCCCCACUCUCUCCACCAGAGUGACCCCAGCUGCUCCCUCGCCUGCUAGACCUCAGCCUCUGCAGAAAGGAGGGGAGGGCACGAGACCAAGCAGGACAUCUCCACUUGCUUUCCAGCCUGUGCGAGUGCAGGGACAAGAGAGAGAGACUGGGAGCCAGGAUUACUAACCUCUUUAUGAAGCGUCUGAUUUCGUGGCCAAAGCUCUGUGGUCCACGCGUAAAUGGCUCGACUCCCUGCCGGCAUUCGCUUCAUCAUCUCAUUCUCCCGGGACCAGUGGUAUCGAACCUUCAUUUUCAUUUUGACAUUUUUGCUGUAUGCGAGUUUCCACUUAUCUCGAAAGCCUAUCAGCAUAGUUAAGGGUGAGCUCCACAAGUACUGCGCUGCUGGGAAUGAGGCUGACGUCAGAUUCAACAGCCAGAGCCAGAAAGCCAGCGCCCUCCCCUCUCACCAGCUCCCGGACAACGAGACGGACUGCGGCUGGGCCCCGUUCGAUCAGGACAACUACCAGCAGCUGCUCGGGGCCCUGGACUACUCCUUCCUGUGCGCAUACGCCAUCGGCAUGUACCUGAGCGGCAUAAUAGGGGAGCGCCUGCCAAUUAGGUAUUACCUAACUUUCGGAAUGCUGGCCAGCGGCAUCUUUACUGCCCUGUUUGGGUUAGGGUAUUUCUACAAUAUCCACAGUUUUGGAUUCUACGUGGUAACUCAGAUCAUCAACGGGCUGGUGCAGACCACCGGCUGGCCCAGCGUCGUCACCUGCCUCGGCAACUGGUUUGGAAAAGGAAGGCGAGGUUUGAUUAUGGGGGUCUGGAACUCCCACACCUCAGUGGGCAACAUCCUGGGCUCCUUGAUUGCUGGCUACUGGGUGUCCACGUGCUGGGGCCUGUCCUUCAUCGUGCCCGGAGCCAUCGUGGCGGCCAUGGGGAUCGUGUGCUUCCUCUUCCUCAUUGAGCAUCCGAAGGACAUCGCCUGCUCGUCCACCCUGGUGGCGCAUGCAAAAAGCUAUGAGAAUGGCGUGCACAGGUUUCGACUGCAGAAGCAAGCCGUACCUGACGAGAAGAAGCUGCUGGACCCAGAGGUGCAGUGCUUGCUGCUGUCGGACGGGAAGCGGGCUGUCCAUCAGAACCACGUGGUCACCCUCCCGGCCGAGGGCGGGGGCAGCAUGGCCGCCAUCAGCUUCACCGGGGCCUUGAAAAUCCCCGGUGUGGUCGAGUUCUCCCUGUGCCUGCUCUUUGCGAAGCUGGUCAGCUAUACGUUCCUCUUCUGGCUCCCUCUCUACAUCACAAACGUCGAUCACCUGGACGCCAAGAAGGCGGGCGAGCUGUCCACCUUGUUUGACGUGGGCGGGAUCUUCGGUGGGAUCCUGGCAGGGGUCGUCUCGGAUCGGCUGGAGAAGAGGGCCUCCACCUGCGGGCUGAUGCUGCUGCUCGCGGCCCCGACGCUCUACAUAUUCUCCACCAUCAGCAAAAUGGGCCUGGAAGCCACCAUCGCCAUGCUGCUGCUCUGCGGGGCCCUGGUCAGCGGGCCGUACGCGCUGAUCACCACCGCCGUCUCCGCAGACCUGGGGACUCAUAAAAGUCUGAAAGGAAACUCCCACGCCCUCGCCACCGUGACCGCCAUCAUCGACGGCACCGGGUCUGUAGGAGCCGCCCUGGGCCCGCUGCUGGCCGGGCUCAUCUCCCCGUCGGGAUGGAACAACGUGUUCUACAUGCUGAUGUUUGCAGAUGCCUGUGCCUUACUGUUCCUGAUCCGCCUCAUACACAAGGAGCUGAGCUGCCCAGGGUCAGCGACAGGGGAUCAAGUUCCGUUUAAGGAACACUGACCACUCGGUCCUGCAGAGGGACGCCGGGCCGUCCACAAACUGUCUUUCAAGGCCAAGUCCAAAUAAAGGAUCCUGUGUUGAAAAGAAUGA